AUGGCUAGCCAACCCCCAAGCCGCCCGUGGUUUCGCUUAACCUCUUUACGCUCUGUGGCUGCUCCUCCACAAGACCCUCGUCCUCCUCUGGUCCAGACCACUAACAGCACCAGCUCACCUCCACCACAAUCUGCUUCUUCCCCAGUCAAAGGUGAGACCAUGGCUCGUGUGUCCAGUCCCUCCGAGAAACAGGUGGUUCGGACGGUAAUGCAGUCACCCAAGGCCAAACCCACCCCGCCGCCGCCUUCUCCUCUGACUCUUCCACCUGCACAGUUGAAAGCUAACUCUGAGGCUGAGCCUAAUAUCCCGGAGGAAGCAGAGCCCAAGAAUGUGAUACUUCAGAAGACCAUUGAGAAGCCUAAGCAGUGGCAAAAUGGCAAUUCAGCAACCCAAAAGAACCAUAAUGAGAAACAGAACGGUAAUCACCGAAAGUCUUGGGGCUCUGAGGAUUCCAGGAUGAAAAUUAUAACUAUUGCUGGCGAAAACAGAGGAGCAUACAUUGAGUUGAUUCAAUCGCCGAAGAAACACGAAUUCGGAGACAAACCCAAUCAUCUUUACAAAAGUGAGAAUGCCGAAUCAGGGGGCUCGAGCAGUGAUGAAGGUAAUGUGAAGAAGAAGGAGAAUAAAAGCAACAGAAGAACAAAAUCAUCGCAUCCGAUGGCUGCAUUCAUGAAUAGCAAUGUACAGUGCAUGAACAAUUCCCUCCUGUACAAUGCCUCCUGCAGCCAUCACGAUCCAGGACUUCGCGUUUCUCUCACGAGGAAGCCACUCGAGAGCGGAGGAUUUCAUCUUAAGAAGGUCGGCAAUGACAGACACGAUUGA